ACUCGUGAUCCCCCCCAUUCUCUGUAGCGCCAGGCCUUAAAAGAUGCUUUCUCCCCCCAAUAAUCUCUCUCAGCAGCUUGUAGUCGUAGUGUAGUGUUAGAUGCAGCUUUAGCCCGCAAUUAAUUUCUUGCAAGCUUAUUAGAACGAAACAUAUGACUCCUUGGAAUAACUGCUAAUUGUACUUUAGUUACUCAUAUAACAAUGAAUAAGGUUGCAGCUCUGCAGAGAAAGAAGAGGAAAGAUUUUAUACCUUACUUUCUUGGAUUUGUAAUAUUUUUAUAUUGCACGGUCCAUCUUGUAUCAUAUACCGCAAAAACAGCACAGGAAACCCACUCCACCAGAGUGCGUCGGGCUCUUGAGAAUGAGACUAAAUGCAUCUUAUCACAGUCCUCUGAGUUUCCUGGUGGCUUCUUCACGGUGCAGGAGAGGAAGGAUGGAGGGCUCGUCAUUUAUUUCAUGAUUAUUUUCUACAUGCUUCUGGCUGUCGCAAUUAUCUGCGAUGAUUACUUUCUGCCCUCUUUAGAAGUGAUCAGUGAACGUCUGGGACUGUCUCAGGAUGUAGCAGGAGCCACAUUUAUGGCAGCUGGGAGCUCUGCACCUGAACUGGUCACAGCCUUUCUGGGUGUGUUUGUAACAAAGGGAGACAUCGGGGUCAGCACCAUCGUGGGAUCAGCCGUCUACAACCUGCUAGGAAUCUGCGCUGCAUGUGGACUCUUGGCCUCUAUGGCCGGGCGCCUCACCUGUUGGCCACUGUUCAGGGACUGCCUGGCAUAUAGCAUCAGUGUUGCUGCUGUUAUUGCCAUCAUUUCUGAUAACAAGGUGUACUGGUAUGACGCUGCAUGUCUGCUUCUGGUCUAUGGCGUCUACAUCAUGGUUCUGUGCUUUGACCUUCGCAUCAGUGAGUUUGUCCUGAGGAAGCUGAGCCCUUGCUGCACCUGUCUGGGUAAAGGAUCCGAUGAGAAGACUGAGACACAGCCUCUGUUGGGCUGGAGCGACGAAACCAGUCUGCGAGUCCGCAGUCGCUCCAGAACAGACAGUGGGAUCUUCCAGGACGACUCGGGAUACUCUCAGCUGUCCCUCAGCCUGCAUGGCCUCAGUGAGAUUCCUGAAGAGCAUAAAAGUGUGUUUGCUGUGCCGGAGAGCGACCUGAAACGGGUUUUUUGGGUUCUGUCUCUGCCCAUCAUCACUCUGCUUUUCCUGACCAUCCCUAACUGCAGGAGAAGGUUCUGGAAGGGAUGGUUCAUGAUAACCUUCUUCAUGUCAGCUGUCUGGAUCUCAGGUUUCACAUACGUGCUGGUGUGGAUGGUGACUAUUGUCGGCGAAACCCUUGGCAUCCCCGAUACAGUUAUGGGACUCACUCUGCUGGCUGCUGGAACCAGUAUACCCGACACCGUAGCCAGUGUGAUGGUGGCCAGAGAAGGGAAAGCUGACAUGGCCAUGUCCAACAUUGUGGGCUCUAAUGUUUUCGACAUGCUGUGCCUGGGCCUGCCCUGGUUCAUCAAGACUGCCUUUGUAGACCCCAACAACCCGGUAGAGGUCAACAGCACCGGGCUCGUCUUCAUUUCCAUUACGCUCCUCCUUUCAAUCGUCUUCCUUUUUGUAGCAGUGCACAUUAACGGAUGGAAGUUGGACUGGAAGUUGGGACUCGUUUCUCUAUUCUGCUACAUCCUCUUUGCCACUCUGUCCAUCCUGUACGAGCUAGGGAUUAUUGGAAACAAUCCCGUAAGACUGUGCAGUGAUUGAGAUCUGACCUCCCAAGGACUGAGGCCAUAUUUCAAACAGAGACUCAACAGUCCAGAAACACAACAGAAUUGUUAAACCUAUGAAUCAUUAAAUGUCAAGACAAGGAA